GCAUCUCUAAAAUGAAUUAAGUAUUGCUUUUUAAUUUUAUGUGUAAUUUUUUUUUUUAUCUGUCAUAUAGACAGUAUAGAGGAGGAUUUUGAGCUUGCCACUGUGUGCUGCAGGCCGGAUAGUCUGGAAAAAAUGUUGGAACAGACCAAGUUCACCAAAACAGAGCUACAAAUCCUCUAUAGAAGUUUCAAAAAUGAAUGUCCCACUGGAUUAGUAAAUGAAGAGACUUUUAAGUUAAUCUACUCUAAUUUUUUUCCUCAAGGAGAUUCUAGUGCAUAUGCUCAUUUCCUGUUUGAGGCUUUUGACAAACACAAAAACGGAGCAGUUAAUUUUGAGGAUUUUGUGGUUGGCCUGUCAAUCAUCUUGCGUGGUACCGUCACUGAUAGACUUUGUUGGGCCUUCAGUUUGUAUGAUCUUAACAAAGAUGGAUGCGUCACUAAAGAGGAAAUGAAUGAUAUUAUGAAGUCUAUUUAUGAUUUGAUGGGGAAGUAUACAUAUCCGUGUAUGAAGGACAGCGCACCUACAGAACAUGUCGAAAGUUUCUUCCAGAAAAUGGACCGCAACAACGAUGGUGUCGUCACAAUGGAGGAGUUCCUGGAGUCGUGUCAAAAGGAUGAGGCCAUCAUGGAGUCCAUGCAGAUGUUGGAUCACGUAAUUUAGCUCUGCAUGAUGAUCUUUGGCAAAUAUUUCUCAACAGCAGCAGUGUUUGAUCUGUUGUGGCUUCUGCUCGAUGCCUUCCUCCAUUUUGCACCUACAACAAAAGACUACCAGUGAACACCUGAACAGGUGCAAUAAGAGCAUGCCAUGUUAUUUUACCCCCUGAGGAUGAAAUGAUGUCUUUGAAGAUCAGCUGUCAUACGCCACUGUCUGCGCAUUCUUUUUUUUCUUUUAAUAUAAUUGAUAUAAAGAGAUAUAUGAAGCCAAUUCAACAAAAAAGGCUCUUAAAAGUGAGAUUCUUUCAGUUUUAAAUUUGUUUGUGAAUUAUAUAUUUUUAAAUACACAAUUUUAAGUGCACUAACACGUUAUAUCAUAUCACUGUUAUGUUUCCUAGAUCUGCAUAAAUUAUUAAUGUCAGAUGUAAUUUAUUUUUACGCUACUUUAAAAUAUAUGUUUAUGCACAACAGUUUACAAUCAAUAUCACUGAAGGGAAAGACUAUGGAAUUGGCAGAAUUUGAUGUAACAAACUAUGCAAAAGUGGAAUAGAUUUUUGGAGAUUCACACUAAUGAGGUUUUACAUUCUCCCAAAUAAAUACAUUUAUAUUUAUUUAUCCUUUAAAUUUUUACUGUUUUCAAUCAAUGUAGUCUAUUUCUGAUAAGACUUUAGAACACAC